AGUGAAUGUUUCUUUGCACAGUGAUUAAGGGGGAGGACCAAUGGCAACAAAGGAGACGGAAAGGACGGUAGCUCCUCCUCUCGCUCUCUCUCUCUCGCUCCCCCCCUCUCUCCUGUGCUUUAUAGAUGCAUAUAAUCCCCGAGUUGACCCAGAAAACAAACUACUCCGACUGCCGAGACGCACUAGAGUUUGCAUCCGCCGCAGGGCUGCAUGUAGCCGGAGCAUCAGCUGGAGGAACAAGCCCGGCAUCGAUCCAACUUCUCCGUACGGACGGACUCGACAUUAAUCCAUCGGGGCGAUAGAGGCCAUGGCUGAACACAUGAUGAUGCCCAUGACCCACGGCUUCAGGAUGGGCAUGAACGGACCUCCGCAGCACAACGGCCAGCCCGGCAUGCGCACUCUGCCCAACGGCCAGGUGAUGCACUACGGCAGGAACCCUCAGAACAGCAUGGAGGCUGCCAUGAGACAUAGGCAGAGCAUGGUGGGACCCGGCGGGAUGGCCGGCCCCGUGAACGGGGUUCCCAUGGCCAACCACCACCACCACCAGAUGAUGUCUGGAAACAUGAUGUACAAUGGCCAGGGUCCGCAGCAGCAGCAGCAGCAGCAGCAGCACCACCACCCCAUGCACCCCCAGCAGCAGCAGCAGCAGCAGCAGCAGCAGCAGCAGGGUGGACACCCCCAGCAGUAUCUCCCUGGUAACCUCACCUCUCAGCAGCUUAUGGCCAGUAUGCACCUGCAGAAACUCAACACUCAGUAUCAUGGACACCCGCUGGUCUCAGCCAACGGCCACCAUAUGCCCAAUGGUGCCCAGUAUCGGGUGGGUCCGGCCCAGCUCUCAGGCAUGCAGCACAUCGGCGGCCCUUUGGGACUAAACGGCAUGGACAUGGAUCUGAUCGACGAGGAGGUCCUGACUUCACUAGUGCUGGAGCUUGGGUUGGAUCGCAUUCAGGAGCUGCCCGAGCUCUUCCUGGGACAGAAUGAGUUUGACUUCAUAUCGGACUUUGUGUGCAAACAGCAGCCGAGCACGGUGAGCUGCUGAGCAAAGCGUUUGUUGGGUUUGUUUGGACUGGACACCACCCCCCCACCCCAAAGAAUGACACAGUAAUGUGGUCACAGUAGCACAGCGAGAGGAGACAAUCUCUCUGUUCUGUUUGGGUGUUUCUGUGUAUUUGACAGUGUGUAGAAUACCUUUACACUGACCGGCCUGUGAGUUGAUAAAAAAUUGUGAAGAGAGAAAACGCAGCAAAAGCACCAGGUUUCCUUUCUUUGAGCCGGAUCUGUUGUCUUUGGUCAAAUCAAGCAGCCUGAUGCGGGGGGCUCUGUCUGCACCCAUCUGGCCCUCAGCACAUGUGCCUGCAUUGUCAAGGCUUUGGGAUGAUUGUAAACCUUACAAACAAUGGGGGAAGGCCUGGGAAGACUAUCCAUCUGGGUCUGCUUGAUUCUGUGGCAUCCCAAAAUCUUUCUAAGUAGCAGGCGUUUUACAAAUUUAUAAAAGGUAGUCCUCUGAAUUUGUUCAUACAAGGAUGAAGGGAUUAAGAACACGUGGUUUUCUUUCUGACAUGCAUUUUGAAGGCUGGCUCUUCAAAACUGAGUUCCUAAAUAAAAAAAAAAAAUGUACACAUUUCUUUGAAGAGCAGGAGAGUGAGGUUGUGGUACUGGGUGACAUGAUGGGGUGUACCUCGGUUUGGUCGGGGGGAGAUGUGCUACAUUGAUUCUUCAGCUUUCAGCGUCAUUAUCCUGACUCCCAUUUAAAUCUGCAGUCAUUAAAUGUAUCACACCUGUUCCUCCUCUAGUUAACUGUCAUUGAAUCGUUGCCCAAGUUUGCUUAGAGUGUCGGCUUAAACAAAGCCUUUACCCAUAGUCACUAGAAAAGGACUUGGAGGUCUCUGUACUCAGAGAUUAAGAUGCUCAAACACAUUUUGGGUUAUGGCUUCAUAAAGUUGCUUAAGGAGGGAGAAACACAAUAGUAUCAAUGAGAAACGCAAUAACUGUGGCCUCCAAGGAGAGCCAAACAAAGGAAAAACCAGCCGUCAGAGGGUGAAGACCUGAGGUGAGAUUUUAUUCUAACACAGGAUUGGUUUAAAUCAAAAAAGAUGUGCGGGAUUGCAGAAUUUGCAUCCGUGGGUUGUUUGUGUGCGUCUGUGUGUGGUCAGUGCAGUGAGGCAUUUAAAACCCAUUGAAUGGCCUCCCCCUCCCUACCAACCAUGGCCUUGUGUGCUGAACACGAUUGGAGGCUGAGCCGGGGGGGAGAGGGGUGAGAGAUUUGGAUGUGUGGACACAGCACUCCCUGGCAGCACUUAGUUUAAUCAUUAUUUAAAUCUGCUACCUGUGGCAUCGAUUUCACUCGGCAGGAGAAGCGAGGAGCACAAAGCGUGCAAAGUUGUUGUUUUUGCCAUAGAUCAGCUUACUCUGCAGCUUUUCUACUGAUUAGAUUUAAAUUACGUGUUCUCACACGCUAGUCUUAAUUGAGGUCGGCUUGCACAUUCUCCAAUGACUCAAUAAUUAUAAAAAACGGAUAUGUUCCGUGGUGUUUGUUUUCUUUUUUUGCGCAGUUGGUAAUUAGGUUUGUGCCGAGGCUGCUGCUGGGCCGCUGCAGGCUGGUUGGGAGAGAACUUCCUGCACUCGUAAUGCUAUUUGUGGAGCUGUCAUGAGGGGGUCAGGGCUGUGCGAGUGCACUGUGUUAAUCUGUUCCAGUACAACGGUGCUGCUGUCCCUGACUGUCUCUCUGGAGAGCUGCCACCUCCCAAGCUCUCCACUCCAACAACGGGCAUUGGAUCGCUGCUGUAAAAGGCAGACAUUUUGCCAACGGGCUCACGCUCUGUUUCACGUCUUGCCUGGCAACCUGCAGCCGGACCAACUCACGAGCUCACUUGCUUCUGGCCUCUUAUUACCGCUAUAUCAAUAAGCGCAGCCUUCUUGUGUAUCGUAUCCUUGUACUGUAGACUAGAGGUGAAGUUGAUCCAGACACAUUUAAGGUACUUUUCCGAGAAACAUUGUCAGAUGUAAAUGUAAAUCAGUGGCUGAUUUUGAUGUGUUGACAAGAGAUUAUAAUCUGCUUUUUUUCUUUUUUUUUGAACAAACGAGUGUGUAGA